CCCGGCUCCCUCCUCUCGCUGAUGUCUCUGCGAAAAGCCAGAGGAAAGCGACGGCGCAGCUAGCAGCAUGUCUCGGCGCAAGCAAGCCAAGCCCCAGCAUCUCAAGUCGGACGAGGAGCUGCAAGCGGAGCUGGCCUCGGAGCAAGAGAUGAAUAUGUUUCAUAUAGAGGUGUAUUGCUCACCACCUAAACAUUUGACAAGUACCCUUAAAGCAGUACCAGGAGAAGGAGCAGAUGAUGGUGACAGUGGGAAUGAAAGCAGGAGUGGAAGUGAGGAAACAAACGUUUGUGAAAAAUGCUGUGCAGAAUUCUUCAAAUGGACUGAUUUCCUGGAACACAAGAAGAAUUGUACUAAAAACCCACUGGUGUUAAUUGUGAAUGAAGAUGAAGCAGCGCCGCCCUCGGAAGAAUUCCCAGAACCUUCCCCUGCUAGCUCCCCUAGUGAUCAAGCAGACAGUGAGGCUGCUGAAGAGAGUAUCCAGGCUGAGAACAAUGAAAGUUGUGAGGUAAAAAAUACAGAAAAGGAGGAAGAACCCAUGGAGGUAGAACCUUCUACAGAAAAAAGUUAUCCGAGUCAAGGCACCUCUACCACAGCUACGCCACUACCUCAGAUUAGCGAACCAUCUUCCUUGACAAGUUAUAACAUGCCAAACACUAACGUAACCUUAGAGACAUUGCUGAGCACUAAAGUGGCUGUUGCACAGUUCUCACAGAGUACAAGAUGUGCGGCUACUGCAACCACAGCCAGUGGGGUUACAGCAGUGGCCAUCCCGAUGAUACUCGAGCAACUGAUGGCAUUGCAACAGCAACAGAUUCACCAGUUGCAGCUAAUUGAGCAGAUCCGGAGUCAGGUAGCAAUGAUGAAUCGGCAGCCAUUACGACCCACUUUAAAUCCAACCAUUCCUUCCCAGAAUGCUCCCGUGCAAGCUUCAAACCAGAUUCAAGGAUUUGCAACAAACUCUUCUCUUCAGUUAGCAGCAGUUGUUCCUUCUGCCAUAGUGGCACAAGCCACUAGCAAUCCACCAACCGCCUUCGAGAGCACUCCGCACAUUUCAAGGCCUACGUCAGGUGCAAGCACUCCUAACAUACCUAGCAGUGGUUCUUCUGUCCCAAAUGAAUCAAGCACACCAUCCUCUUCUAAUGCAGUUACAGCUUCCUUAACAUCUGUUUCUGUGUCAAAUAGCACUAGCAGCUCUUCACAGGCCCCCAAUCCUUCAACUCCCCCUUCAAUAGGACCUGGAAAUCUCCUCACCUCAGCUUCCAGCCUGCCAAACCCACUUCUACCUCAGACUUCAUCCAGUAGUGUAAUUUUCCCCAACCCACUAGUUAGCAUUGCUGCAACUGCUAAUGCGCUGGACCCUCUAUCAGCUCUUAUGAAGCAUCGCAAAGGAAAACCUCCAAAUGUAUCUGUGUUUGAACCCAAGACAAGUUCUGAGGAUCCAUUUUUUAAACAUAAGUGUAGAUUUUGUGCCAAGGUCUUUGGGAGUGACAGUGCUCUACAGAUACACUUGCGCUCACACACGGGAGAAAGACCUUUUAAGUGUAACAUAUGUGGGAAUCGGUUUUCUACAAAAGGCAAUCUGAAAGUUCAUUUUCAGAGGCAUAAAGAGAAGUACCCACACAUACAGAUGAAUCCAUAUCCAGUCCCAGAAUACCUCGAUAACGUUCCCACUUGCUCUGGGAUUCCAUAUGGAAUGUCAUUGCCACCUGAAAAGCCAGUCACUACAUGGUUGGAUAGCAAGCCUGUGUUACCAACAGUUCCAACGUCAGUUGGGCUGCAGCUUCCCCCAACAAUACCAGGGAUAAACAGUUAUGGAGAUUCCCCAAGUAUUACUCCCAUGAACAGGUCACCACAGAGGCCAUCCCCUGCAUCAAGUGAAUGCACCUCUUUGUCCCCAAGCCUAAACAAUUCAGAGUCAGGCAUUCCUAUGUCUGCAGAAUCUCCACAACCAAUUCAUAGUGCUUCAGCUAUGACUAAAACUGAACCUGUCAAUAUUCCUGUGACAAAUGUGAGGCUAGGAGAUAUUUCUAUAAGUGGGCAGGUUUCUGCAAUACCCACAUCUACAGUUCCUAAUGCUGUUACAGACAGUAGUAUUUCUACAAGCCUCCCAAACUCUGUGCUUCCAGCAUUAUCUGACCAGUUCAAAGCUAAAUUUCCAUUUGGUGGACUACUAGACUCUAUGCAAACAUCAGAAACCUCAAAACUACAACAGCUUGUAGAGAACAUCGAUAAGAAGAUGACAGAUCCAAAUCAAUGUGUCAUUUGUCACCGUGUGCUCAGUUGUCAGAGUGCUCUCAAAAUGCAUUACAGAACUCAUACAGGAGAAAGGCCAUUUAAAUGCAAAAUUUGUGGACGUGCGUUUACUACAAAAGGCAAUCUAAAAACACAUUUUGGAGUUCAUCGUGCAAAGCCACCACUUAGAGUACAGCAUUCAUGUCCCAUUUGUCAGAAGAAAUUUACAAAUGCUGUUGUUCUUCAGCAGCACAUUCGUAUGCACAUGGGAGGGCAAAUCCCCAACACACCAUUACCAGAGGGCUUCCAAGAUGCCAUGGACUCAGAACUUUCCUUUGAUGAAAAGAAUGCAGAAACACUGAGCAACUAUGAUGAUGACUUUGAUGAAAAUUCCAUGGAGGAGGACCCAGAGUUAAAAGACACUGCAAGUGACUCCUCCAAACCUCUAAUACCUUAUUCUGGGUCAUGUCCACCUUCCCCACCAUCUGUGAUUUCUAGCAUUGCUGCUCUAGAAAAUCAGAUGAAAAUGAUUGAUUCUGUCAUGAACUGUCAACAGCUGACCAAUCUAAAAUCCAUAGAAAAUGGGUCAGGGGAAAGCGACCAUUUGAGCAAUGAUUCCUCAUCUGCUGUAGGAGAUCUAGAGAGCCAGAGUGCCGGGAGUCCAGCAAUGUCUGAAUCUUCUUCCUCCAUGCAAGCUUUAUCUCCUGAAAACAGCAACUGUGAAAGUUUUAGAUCAAAAUCCCCAGGUUUUAGUAACCAGGAAGAACCACAAGAAAUACAAUUAAAGACAGAAAAACUUGACAGUCCACCACCACCUACUGUUCAAAAUGGAGGUGCACUGGAUCUGACAGCCACCAACCCAGGAAGGCCAGUCAUCAAAGAAGAAGGUCCUUUUAGCCUGCUGUUCCUGAACAGAGAACGUGGUCCCAGCCAAAGCACUCCUAGCCUGGUUACCAGCACUGCGCCUACUAUGAUCAAAAUGGAAGUGAAUGGCCACAGCAAGCCGAUCUCAUUGGGCGAGGUUCCAUCUCUUCCAGCUGGAAUCCACGUUCCUGCUGCACCACAGACAGUGAUGAGCCCAGGCAUCACUCCUAUGCUGGCACCCCCACCACGCAGAACGCCCAAACAACACAACUGUCAUUCAUGUGGGAAGACCUUCUCUUCAGCAAGUGCACUACAGAUACAUGAACGCACCCAUACUGGUGAAAAGCCAUUUGGUUGCACAAUCUGUGGUAGAGCUUUUACCACAAAAGGGAAUCUUAAGGUUCACAUGGGAACUCAUAUGUGGAAUAAUGCUCCUGCACGUCGUGGCCGACGACUGUCUGUGGAAAACCCCAUGGCUUUGUUAGGUGGUGAUGCUCUCAAGUUUUCAGAAAUGUUCCAAAAGGAUUUGGCAGCUCGGGCCAUGAAUGUUGACCCAAAUUUUUGGAACCAAUAUGCUGCAGCUAUUACGAAUGGACUUGCAAUGAAGAACAAUGAAAUUUCUGUCAUACAGAAUGGAGGCAUCCCCCAGCUCCCAGUAAGUUUAGGCGGAAGUGCCAUUCCGUCUUUAAGUAACAUUACCACUGGAAUGGACAAAGCUCGUACCGGCAGUACCCCUCCCAUCAUUGGUUUGGACAAAGCAAGUUCUGAAACUGGAGCCAACCGCCCAUUCACAAGGUUUAUUGAGGAUAAUAAAGAGAUUGGCAUAAAUUAAAAGCAUUCAGUACAAGUAACUGUUGGACCACUACUCAACACAACAUUUGUUCUUUCAUGUACAGUUUUGGGAGUUAAGCAUUAGUUUCGUGACCUAAUUGCCUAGGUUCUCUUUAAGAUUUUAUCCCAUAGCAGUAAUGCAUAACUUCGUGUCUGCUGAAAAGUUGUCUUGCAAGAUUUGCAUGGUACUACUUUCAACAGUGAGCUGACUGUUAGUGAGAACUUUGGAACCAUUUUAAUUUAAGUAAAUAAUAAUUCAUUGCAUAACUGCGUUAGCAACUGGCGGAGGCUAAAUUGAUUCAGUUUUUGUUUCUUAACAAAACAAAAUGUUACCAACUGAGUAAAAGGAAGCAUCACAAUGGCAUUUCAGUCCAGCUCUUUCUUUGCUGGUUUUGUUCCAUUCUGCUAGAAACUUGAACUAUGUUUUUAGAAACCCUCUAACAUUCAGUAAGUGAUUUAGUACCCUAAUGCUGUGUAUGAUUACAGUAUUCUUGUCUGUAGUAUUUAUAAUGUAAAGAUAAUGCGGGUAACAGACAAUAUACUAACCCCAUCCUUAAUGAAGCUUUUGUACUGCAAAAUACACCUGGCUAUGUGAUUUUUUUUUUAAAAAAGCAAGUUUUGUUUUAUUAUAAAUAAGCGGUUUAUUUCAACACAGGCAAAAUUGUGAAAUUUUAUUGGGAAAGAUAGCAUGCUUUUCAUGUGCAAGUACCUGUCAGUAACAAACCAUUUUAAUUUAAAUAUUUGUAGCUGCUAUGUGGACAGUUGUUCUAUUAAAUGAAAAAUGUAGUGUGGACUUCAGUUAUGGGUGGAAAACAAGUUACAGACAAACCUUAUCACUAUAAAUUAUUCACAACAUUAUAAGCAGUUGUGAGUAAAACAUUUCAUGUUAUCACAGGCUGUACAAUAAAAAAGGCAGUGUUUGUAUAAUGUGGUUGCAAACUCUUAAUUUAUACUAUUGCACUUUUAGUACUUUAUAUUUAGGGAGGUUUGUCUAUAAUUUGAAUAUGAACAAAGAUGUACAGUAAACUAUUUUAUAAAUAGUACUUUGGUCUGAGGGGAAAUGUGGGAUAUUUGUUGUGUUUGUCUUUAAGGUCAAACAGUAUGAGAGAUCUAUGCUCCUUUCAGCAGGAAAACCACUAAGAACUGUCAGAUUCUCGGAUAUAAUGGGGCCUGCCAUUUCUUAAACUGAAAUGAUUCAUUUAACUUUUCUAUAAACCCACCCUCCAGCAGACCUUUGAUAUGUUAAUCCUAGGGCUGUGAUAUCAGCUCAAGCCUAGGAGAGGCUAAAGAAAACAUUGUGUAGGCUUAAUUUUGCUGUAAUCUGUUCUGUCUCUUUCACUCCCACCCACAAGCUAGAUGCUGACUGCUUAAUAGCACUGGUAUGUAAAGCAAAACGGAGAACAUAAAUAUUAAGUGUAACUUGUACACAAAUUCCCAAUUCUGACUAGUGUUUUUUUUAAUCUUCUAAGAUUUAAUACAAAGCACAAUGUACUCUGAUUAUUCAAAUAUAAUUUUCAGUUGUUUUAAGCAUUGUUUAAAAUUGUGACUAAAGGGAAUGUUUCCACUCUUAAGCUAGGAUGCUGGUGAGGCUGGGGUGUAAUCAAAACUUGAACAGUAAAUGUUUUGUGUACUACCUCAUUUUUGUGCAUUACAAGCAUGGUGAAGUCUGACACUAUGAACUUUCGUCUAACAAAUUGUCCAAGGGACAUUAUGGGUAGCUGGGAAACAGCACAAGAUGUUUUAUGCCCCUGAAGAAAGAAUCAGACAGGAGGUCUUCUCAGUUGAGACUGGAAAAAAAAUAGGACAAUCUCUUGUGCAACAACAACAAAAAUUACUGUAAGAGGAUGGACUGUUUCUGCCAUCAUGUCACUGAAUGAAAAGUUCAGAAGACUUAUUAGUGGUUUAUUUCUGUUUUGAAAUGAACAACAAACUGUUUCAGCUCUGUUUUCUACAGCAAUGAUACACAGAAUAUAUAUGUGCACAUACACAGGCAUAUAUCAAAUAUAUAUGUAUGUAUGUGUAUAUAUCUAUAUAAAAAUAAACAUCCUUAUAUUCUAACACCUUUUAUCACCAUUGACCACCAUUUGUGUUUGGGGUGUUUCAAAUCUGGGAAACAAAACUGAGGUGGCUUAAUAUUGCUGUUUUUCAGCAAAUGAAUGUUUUUAUUUAUCUGUGUCCAUUUCUGGUGUGAAUUUUUUUUGUUUAGUAUUUGGUACCAUGUAGUGUUAUCUCUUCUCCCUAAAGGAUGUGCAUAACUUAAAAAAAGAGAUGUAAAGUGUUGUAAAUAAGAUGGGUGAUGAAGGUACAGUAAGACUGACCCAAUUUUGUAUUCAGGGUUAGGUCUUUCCUCUCUGCAUGGUGAAGAGAGACACUAUUUUUAUACUGCGAUACCAUGUAGGGCUAGGAACCCCCCUGAACCAGCUGGGAAUUGUUACCUAGAUCCAAUAUUUUUUAUUAUUAAAUCUUGUUGGCUCGACACAUCUACUGAUUGAAAUGGAUGUCUUAGUCUAGGUUACUAUUUUUGUCACAUGGAAUUGAAUAAAAUGCAGGAUGUAAUAUUAUCUCUGAAUUGUGUUCCAUGAUUAUUCUAAUAAUUGAAUGAGAUACAAGAGUGAGGCUGUUUGUGACAGAUUGAUGUCAAUGAUUUUUAACUGUCAAAUCUAAAAGUUAAAUAAAGGGGGCACUUAUAUUUAUACUGUUUGGACAUAUCUGAAUGGAUAGAUGUU